GCAUCUUUCAAUGCCAGGUAGUAUCUAAACAUUUCAGUCGGUGCCAUAAAAGAACCGAAGUUCGGUACCCAGCCCUACUCAGGAUCAACCCUCAUGUCACCUCGUAGCCACACACUCAUAAGCACUUGGAGCUGUAGUUAGUUAAGCUCCCUGCUUAUCGUGAUUAGCUGCAACAGGCUGUUGGGCGACCGCUAGGCCCCCUACUUAGAUAGAAUGAUUAGCAUUAGGUUCUUUGUACACAUGGUGGACAGUGACAUGCAGGAAUUGACCAAUUCAGUGUUUGCUUUUUAGAGGUUGAUAUCAAAGACACACCUUUAGAUACUGGGUAUUUGGAUGACAUACUAUUCAUGCUUUGCAGAUGCAUUAAAAAUACAUCUUGGAGUUCCCAUCACAAACAUCUGUCAACUGAGAAAAUUGAUUUGUCAUCACCAAGUGCUGUAAUGAAAAAUGCAAAUCCAUUAUAUGAAAGCAGAACAGGGCAAUGGACCAGCAUACAGUAUACUGAAUGGAUUUCUAGCACUUCCACUGUUGUGCCGUGUUGUGUCUCUGUUAGAGGUGUGUCUCUUAUUGUCUCGCUGUUAAGGGUGUGACCAUAUUAAAAUGUGAUGAUUUUUCUCGUUGAAGUGAGAGAUGUGGUCUUGAGAAAAAAGAGUGGAGGAUAAGGGCAUGGGGGGGCAGUCUCUUGUAUCCCACUUGUCUCCUCCCUCUUUAUCCUCCUCCCUCUAGCCCUCCCUCUACCACUGGUGGUGGCUGAGAGGGAGGAGAGGAGUGAGGCAUGCAGCAGCCACUCAGUCAUUUAGUCAAUUGUUUUCCCUCCAGCUGACUACUCCAAGGAUCUGUACUAAACUUCCUCUCAAAGCCAGAAUUCUCCAGGGAGAAAAGCCUGUUUUUGAAGACACAAAAAAUUCUAACUCAUUUUAGAAGGAGAUUGCUAUUUUUUUUUAACUUUCUUUCUAUAAUUUUGAUCUUCUUGUGUAAUAUUCUCAACCUGCCAUUAUCCAUCUUUGGCUGUUGUUGUAUGUAACCACCAGAGUGGUUAAAAUUGGCUUGUCCUGCAUCUGCUGUUAAAUUUUGGAGAAAUAUCUGUCUGUCUAAUUUGACUUUAGUGGAGGAACCUUGCAGGAUGGUUUGACUUGGAGUAGAAAGCGAUCUUCUCUUUUGUCUUGCAUCCUCUUUGUUGCAAACGGAGUUAAGUCACUGGGGUUCAGGAAAGAAACGGAGACUGAUGUCGGAGAAAACCACAAGGUGUUGGAUUUGAGGGUUUUGUAUUCCACAGAUCAGGGGAAACCAUCACUGACUUUGUAAAGCGUGAGGAGGACGUCUACUGUUUUUGGGGAAGGAAUUUUAAAGUUUUUGCUUCACAUCAGUGUUACAGCAUGGCUGGGAUGUAUGGAUGUUUCAAGGGCAGGAAAUGAAGCGGAGGAUGUCACCAUGGGGAGCCAGCUCUGGAAGUGGGCCCAGCAGUGACAGUGCUGCCAUGGCAUCAGGACCUCCAGAUGUGAUGGCCAAUCAGGAGCCUGCUGAAGUCCAGGAACAGUGUUCAGGAAAGAAAAAGUCCAAGUUCCAGACAUUUAAAAAAUUAUUUGCCAGGAAGAAGAGAAAGGAGCCGUCAGGUGCUGGUGCAGACGCAGGGCUUAAAGCCAGCCAAUCUAGUGACAAUGUCAGCAAAACAUCAGAGAAUAACACACUCACUCGAUCGGAUCAGGAUAAGGGCUCUGGGUCAAAGAUCAGCCUGGGCAGCAAGGCCUUGUCACAUGACUCUGUCUUUGUUUCUGACUCGUCGGAGGCUAACGAGGCUCUGGGGGCGUCUCAGGACAGCAUUCAUGGGAAAGUGAAAUCACUACAGCUCCAGUUGAAGCAGGCCAUCAGACUGGGCUCCCCUCCAUCCCUGAUGUGUGUGAAGAGAACAGACGAUGCUGGAACCAUGUCUGAAGAUGAUGGUUUACCCUGCAGUCCACCUGAAUACACCACACUUCACACAGUCAUGAAUCAGGCUCAGAGGAACAGUUCGAUCAGUCUGGAGGGAGUAGACAGUGAUGACGAUCAGCUCUCCUGUGCAGCCUCCAGUAGAGCAAUGAGCCCCCUGGUGGUUCCAGGGGACUUCAGUCAGCCAGCCAGUCCCUUCGCCUGUCUGGACAACUCUGCUGCCAAACACAAGCUGGGCCUGAGACACAAAGCCUGCAACAAGAGGAAACCUGCCAGUAGGCUGGAGUUGAAAACAGAGGGAGACUCUGUGGUGGAUGAGAUGCUGAACACCUCCAUAACAGAAGCUUUGGUGGAGCAAGAACAACAGAAGACUGAAGUUGUAAGUUUUGAUGAGCUGCAGCCAAAAGUGGAGAGGGAAGAGGAAGAAGAGGAGGAGGAGGAGGAGCAGGAGAAAGAGCAACCACAGCAAUCCAGACAAUCCCUGUUGAGAGACAAGGAGGAGAGGGAGGAGGGAGAGGAUGAGUCGGAAACUGAACAGGAUGUUUCUCACAGCCCGGACACUUCCUCUCCUCCUGAGCUGAGUCUCUCAGAGGAGGAAGCCCCGGACGCCCUGCCCUCCUCCAAGCUCAGCUCCAGAGCCUCCUCUCUGGAUAGUCCCAGAGCUACACCAGAGCCCCCUGCUGGUCCAAAGGAGUAUUUACUGGACCCUCCAGGUAUCGCCUAUGGAGCAGAGGAGAGCAGGGUUGAAAGGGAGCUGGUACUGAGAGCAGAAGAAGAUGAAGUCCAGGAAAACCAGGAGGAGGAGAGCUCACUCUUACAGGAGGUACUGAGUUCUUUGAAGACUCCCCUUGCGUCUUGCCCGCUGGGUGUGGAGACUGAGGGCAUCGUCCUGGAGAUGGAGGAGGAGAUAAAGGAAAAGGAAAAAGAAGAGGAAGAGGAGAUAGAAGAUGAGGAGGAGAUGAAGGAAGAGGAAAAAGAAGAGGAAGAGGAGAUAGAAGAUGAGGAGGAGAUGAAGGAAGAGGAGGCAGAGGAGGAUGAACCUGUCAGUUAUGAGGCUGCUCCCUCAGGCUUGCUAGUGUUGGGUCACACCACUGAGGAAGAGGACGAGAUUUCCACACCUCCCUGUCAAAAAGAAGUGAUUCCAAUUGAAGAGGAGGCAAAAGAUGAAGAGGGAGAAGCAGCAGCAGAGGAGGAAGAAGAACUAGCUGUGGAACAAUUCGACCAUGGUCAAGAAGAAGAAGAAGAAGAAGAAGAAGCAGAGAAUGAGGAGGCAGAGGAAGUCAAACCUGAGGAGGAAAAUGAUGUGCUUACAAGAAAAACUGACAUCCCGGCAGAGGAAGAAAGACAAGAGGGAGAGAGUGAGGGAGAGGAGGAGGCAAUGGAGCUGGAGAAGGAGCCAGUGGUGGAGGAGGAAGGAUGGGAAAAGAGAGAAGAGGGUGACGAGGAGGUGGAGGAAAUGAGUGGGAACAUGGAGGAGGCAGAGGAAGCAAAUGAAGACAGGGAGGACGUGGAAGAAAUGACAGAGACCUUCCCUGACGCAGCAGAAGAAGAAGUUGGAGUUGCCAUGUCAUUGCAGGAGGCAGAUGAAAGUGUAGAUGCUGUGGGUGGGGAUAAGACUGUGUGCACUGCAAAACACACAAGUGAUGAUGAAAUCCCUGCAGAGCUGGGUGAAGUGCAAGAGGGGCAAGAAAUAGUGGAGGAGGAUGUAGAGAUUGACCAGUCAGAACAAAAAUCAGACCACGAGGAAGAUGUGGAAAUGAAUCAACCUGAUGUGGAUGAAACUGAACAAGAAAAUCUAGAAAUAUCCUAUACAGACACGAAACAAGUGGAGAAAGAUCAAACUGAAGCUGCAGAACAAGCUACUGUUGCUUCCAGGCUCCCUUCAUUGUCUCUUCCAGAGUCACGUCAGGAGACUCAAUCACAAGAGAGUGGGACUAUUUCUCCCAGUAAGACCAGUACUAUCCACAUAAAUCUAGUCUCCCCCAGCUCAGAAAAAGUCACAUCUUUCUUCCAACAGUCCCCAACUGCUGCAGAGAAGAAAGAAAAUUUCACUGAGUCACCUUCUAAUGCUGAAGCAGCCACAGAGCAACAUGAAGCAUCCACAGAUGAUCAACAAGCUGAUUCUGUGGAAGAAGUGGAGGAAGAAAAACAGCCUGGCCUGGAAGAUCAAACUGCACCUCCCGCCUCUGUGCAGGAAGCAGUCAACCAGCCAUCCAGUAGUUCAGAUCAGAGUAAAGUCCGCUUCACCAUCGCCCCUGCCUGGCAGAGAUCACAAAGUUUGACUCCUCCCUCCUCUCCGCCGGCCUCCGUCUCCUCUUUGUCAUCUGCCGUCACAGGACCUGGAGGUGAGGAGGUGGAAGCUACAAUCAAGAAGGAUCCAGCUGUGAAAGCAGAGGCAGCAAGUUCACCUAAGGUCGAAUUAGUGUUGAGUCCUGGUAGAGCGAGGAGCGCAGGGAGCACUGCCAAACCACAGAGCAACGCAACACCGUCUCCAUCCUCAGUUAAACCUCAGACUUCAGCUGCUGCAAGCACAGAAGAAAACUCAGUCGUAGUGGAGGGAAACCCAGACAAUCCAUUUGGAGUCCGGCUGAGGAAGACAUCAGGUCUGCACCGCUUCAGUUCAGAGGAGGAAAACACAGAGUCUCCCAUCGAGUCUCAGAUUCAGCCAACCAGCUGUAAAGCUGAGCCACCACAGCCAAUCAGUGUUAAGCCCUCGAUAAGUCAGCCAGUCAGUAACAAACCUGCCCUCCCUAAGAAACCAGACGUACAUGGGGACAGUGGAGGAAAACCCAAGCGUAUCUCAGAGCCAGCUGCAGCUCGUGGUGUUUCUGGUGGAUCUGAUUCUCCCAGCUGGAUCUCUGUGGCCAAACAGAAACAGAAGAUCUAUAAAGAAAACUCACUGGAUGAGAUCACUGUCAAGAAGGAGGAACAAGAGAGGAAGUCUUCACUGCCAAUGUACGUCAGCUCAGCUGCCAGCAGUCAGCAGAGCAGCAAAACAGCCGAGUCCACCAGCAAAGUGAGUUCAUUGGAGAUCAGUAAGACUUCAGCGUCUGUAGAAAAGGAGCCAAGGAGAGCUCUGUCUCCUCCAACUCCAGUGCCACCUCAGCCUUCAAAAGCCCAGUCACUGCCCUGUCCAGUCCCUCCAAAACCCCACAUUCCACCUGCCACCACAAAACCUCCACCCCAGCCCAACCCAGCCCAAAGAUCCCUGUCCCCUCCUACUCCGGUUCCUGUUCCCUAUAAAUCUCCCUCUUGCACAAGCCCUCCAUCUCUCUCCAAAACUACCACCUCCUCACCUUCCUCCAAGACGCCCCAGCCUCAGAGUACGACAGUCACCUCCGCUUCUUUCUCACCGAGAACCGCUCCAGAAAAGUCUGGUUCAAAAGCUCCCGGGCUUUCUGGACAGACCCCGCCCUCCCAGCGAGGCCUGCCUCCCCCUGCUCUGCCCCAGGAUGAGCCUCCGUGGAUGGCUCUGGCCAAGAAGAAGGCCAAAGCCUGGAGCGAGAUGCCCCAGAUUGUCCAGUGACAACCCCAGGUUUAAGUAAGUUCAUGCGCAGGGGCCCAAGCCAAAGAAGACCUAUAAAGGUUACAUCUGAAAGAGGGUCGGAGUGGGCCGAGAGUCUGGAUGGACCAGAAUGCAUUUGCACACAGAGUUAUUGUUGUUUUUUGUUGUUUUCUUAUUUCCCUGGCUUCAGGCUUCAGAUUGGUACAAACCCAGUCACACAGCUAAAGACAGCCUCUGUUUAACCCCUUCUUUCUGUACGUCCUCGUGUUGUACAGUCACAUUUUCUAAAUGACAGGGUAGGACCCCGAAAGAUAAUGCGUCUUACUUGAAGUGGAUCCAUAUUUUUUUUCAUCAGUCUUAGUACUGUUAUAAGGUGCCUGAAUGACAGUAAAGACAUGUAGCCUCACAGCAGUAAACAUUCUUUUUUAUUUAAGGUAACACAAUUGACCCCAGCUGAUAUCACUAAACGUCAGGGAGGGACAGAAGGAGACUUUAUUUUAUAAAGAGGAUACUUUAUUCACAGAGGAAAGAGACAAAGUAAAUCUUGAGGUGAGUGAUUCAUUUAUUCUGUCCCAUGAACAAGCGGACAGGAUGCUGGUUUUCUGCCGGUCUCAGUGUGUUUCUGUGUGUGUGUGUUUAUUUUAAGGCAGUGAUACAUGCUCACAGUUUGAGGAAUGUGGAAAAUCUUCAUAGCCUGAGAGUAAAUGGGAUAACAUCCAAGUUAAGCUGGAGAAAAAUUUGCUGAACUAACUGCUGCUGGUCAUGAGUUUUGGUCAAAUUUGCUGAUCCACAGUUCUUCUGCGUGUCAGUUUCUUUAGACAAAUAUAUUUCUUAUAAUAUGAUCCACAGAUACUAAACUAAUGAUGUUUGUUGUGUUAGCGAGUGUGUCCAACACCUUUCAGGUUGUCAGUGUAAAUUAUAUUUUUAAUUUUCACUUUUGAUAUUUUGAAUACAGAUCAUGUGUCAGCAUCCUACAGAAAUCUCCAAUCUCCUAAAAGUCAGCUCUUCAGGAAUUAGGAGAAACUAUCAUCACACUGACCUUUGUGUCUUUUUAAUAUUUUUUACUACAUCAUCAUGUUGGCAGUGUGAUUGCAGGUUAUGUAACAUUUUCCAAUUACAACUAAGCAUGUAAAUAAAUCAAUAUACACAAUUAGCUACUUGGAGGUUGGUUUGCUGCAGGAUGCAAAGCAUCACUAAAGGACAGCGAGUGUCACAGUUGAGAGUUUCCUUUGUAUCGAUUAAAUCUAUAUCUCACAGUAACUAUAUAUGUUUUAUGCAUUUUGUUUUAUUUUGUAUUGCCUUUUGAGAAUUUGUCUUGUACAUAAAAUGUGCAGUAAAGAACAACUGAAAUUG